AUCACAAAACAGGAAACCAAAAAUGGGGAACGUAAUUCCGCGUCUGAGACGAGUGAGAGCCGUAGCUGAAGCGAAUCAAAUCGCUUUGGUUUCUACUUUACCUUUAAAUUACACUCUCACUCUGUCUCUUUCAAUGGAUCAUAACUUCUUCCAUUGCUGCUCCUAAUCAAACUAAUUUACAAACAAGAGUCCGGACCCAUCUGUCUCAGUCAUCGUGUCAAUGGCUCAACCACUCCCCAAAUUCGGUGAAUGGGAUGUAAACAAUCCUGCAUCUGCUGCAUCAUACAGUACCAUAUUUGAUAACUUUAGAGAAGAGAAAAGGGCUGGUGGAUUGUUCGAAAAUGUGGGCUCAAAGCAGAAGUACCAGACCAUCGCAUCUGACCAAAAACACCGUGGCUACCGCUCCAAGGAAAGAAUGAGAAGCAUGUUUUCCAAAAUGAAAAAAUGGGCGUGCUGUGGUUGAGAGACAGGUUGGAUUCAAGAGGUCUCCCGGAGCUUCCAUCUUCUUAUAAUCAUGAAUUUAUCUAAGCUAAAUAUUGUAUUUCUGGUUCCAAAUGAUUAAUGUCAUUUCAAGGGGAUAGACUGUAGUCUGUAUAUACCUGCUAUUCUGACGCUCAUGUGAUGAGCUAAUGUAGGUUUUUAAAUACAUUGAAUGGUGCCCGAUGUUGGAUUAUUUGUUGAUAAGUUCUUUUGUUAGUAAUGUUAUUGUUUGUUAGUAGGAGGAGGGGGCUCAAACUGUUGGAAAAAUAGAACAACGCGGACAACAAAGAUAAAUAGAAAAAGAGAGCAAACGUACACAGAUCAAUCGAAAAUUAACACCAUAAGAGUUUUACGUUGUUCGGUAAGAGUGUCUACAUCCAUGAGUUUUACAUGGCUAUACAUGGUUAUGUAAGGUUAGGAUUAGGAAUAUUAAUCGAAUUAGUUUGAGACUUGUUCUGGGUCCUUCGCGUGCGUGUGUGUGUGUGUAUAUAUAUGUAUAGGUGUUGUGGUACGAGGCUUUUCUUCUUCCAAUCUUCCAUCAAUGGCUGAUCUUCCAGAAGAUUUGGUGGUCGAGAUUCUGUGGAUGCUCCCAGUAGAAUCGCUUACGCGAUUCAAGUGUGUUUGCAAAUCUUGGUACUAUAUGUUGAGAAGCCAAGAUUUUAUAUCGAAACACCAUCAAAAUCAAUCCAAGAUGAACGUUAAUGCCAUUGUAACACAUGGUACCUCUGAAAAGCGGCACUUCAUCAUCUUUUCUGAUAAUAUGGACGGAAUGCAUGGCAUCAAAGAAAAGAUAUGGGCAUCGUUCAUGUCCACUCACUAUGAACAAUGCGUCGCGGGUCCAUGUAAUGGUUUAUUCUGUAUACAUGAGAAUAUAUUGAAGGUGGCGUUUUGGAAUCCAGCAACUAGAGAAUUCAGGCCUCUUCCUCCAUCCCCUAUUAAGCGUCCACCUGAUUCCAUGCCAAUGUUGUUUUUUGGCCUCGGCUUCGGCUUUGAGUGCAAAACUAAUGACUACAAGCUAGUAAGGAUUAUUAAAAACUGGAUUGAUUCUAGAAGAUGUUGGGUUCCACAAAUUGAGUUAUACUCUCUCAAAACUAAUAAUUCUUGUUGUUCCUAAUGACCUUCUAAUGUUUGA